AUGGUGACCAUGGAGGAGUAUAAGGAGCUGAAGAAGCAAGAAAAGCAGUUAGUCGGCAUCAUGAAUGGCAUCGCGCGCUUUGUGAAUGAGUUCCAGAAGGGAAAGCACGAAAUCCAAAUCGAUGUCCGCCUGGAGACCUUAGAGGAGGCUAUGAAGAAGUUCUACAGCGUUCGGCGGAAAAUUGAGCUGUAUUUCGACGAUGAAGAUAGUGCUAGUGAAGUGAAAAUAGCUGAAAACACCCGAUCAGAGCGAGAAAAGCGGAAGAAGAGCUUCGAGGAGUCGCUGUACAACGUUCAGGAGCAAUACUUCGAAGUGAAGGCCGCGUUGAUUCAGCUGCGGCCAAAAAAGGAGACCCCACGAGCCACCAUCGAAAAUCUGGCAGACGUCGACAAGUUUACCUACUUGCGGUCUUCGACCACCGGUGAAGCACUACAAGAGCUGAAUUCGGUGGAGCUAACGGGCGACAACUACGAGGUGGCCUGGAAAAUGUUGGAGAAGAAGUACGAGAACAAGAAGCUCAUCGUGAAGGCCCACCUGGACGCAUUGUUCGCCGUUGAGCCAAUGCGCAGAGAGAACUUUGUGCGGCUCCGUGGUCCGCUAAGUCACAUCAUCAGUGAGUUCGACAAAAAUCUGCUGAUGUUGAACAAGAUUGGGGAGCAGACGGACAACUGGUCGACGAUAUUGGCGUACAUGGUGUGUUCUCGUCUCGAUCAAACCACUCUCCGCAAUUGGGAGACGCGCCACAACAGCAAAGACGUCCCAAAGUACGACGAUCUGAUGCAGUUUUUGAGGGAUCAGUGCGCAGUGCUGCAGUCAAUUGCUCCUGCGAAGAUUCACGACGUCGACAAACGCCCUCCACCUCGGUUCUCGACGACGCACACGUCGGCCCAGUCGCAGCGGCGGUGCUUGUUUUGCGGAGACACGUAUCAUCUGCCGUUCAAGUGCAGUAAGCUGCAGAACAUGACUGUUGCUCAGCGGGCGGAGCAAAUCAACAAGCAGCGACUCUGCAGAAACUGCUUUGCGGCAGGACACUUCGCCGAAGGAUGCUCCCGAGGUUCUUGCACCCGCUGCGGACGAAAACACCACACGAUGCUUCAUUUCGACAGGCCGUCGAGCAGCAGUUAUGCAGCGAAGCCACCAGUUCCUACUAGUGCCCCUCACCCCGUUCCGCAAGCGCAAACCCGACCAAGUGCAGCUCCAGCAGCACACCAGCAACAGUCACAGCAAAACCGUACGAAACCACAAAGCCAGACACAAACACCAUCUACUCAACCAGCCACACAGACACAACCGACAUCAUCAUACCCGGUGAUUCGCUCACAAAACACUCACCCACAACCCACCACUGACCCACAACCUGCAAUUUCUCUCGAAAUCACUGAAUCACCACACGGCUUUGGCACGACAACUCGUCAAGUGUUGAUGUCAACUGCUGUCGUGAAGGUGGUAGAUCGUUUUGGCAACACCGCACUAGCCAGGACACUUCUGGAUUCGUGCUCGGAGUUUUGCUACAUGACCAGUAGCUUCUCCAAGAAGUUGAAGUUCCAGGCCAAGACGAAUUUUCUGAAGGUGCAAGGUAUCGGAAACAGCAGCUCAACCUCAACGAAAUCUGUGGAGGCGAACAUCGAACCAAGACACUCGUCAAUCUCCUCGUUCGGUGAACUGAUGCAGUUCCACGUUUUGCCGAAAAUCACCCAAGCGUUGCCGCUCAAACCUGUGCGGAUGGAUUUGCUGGAGAUCCCAUCUGAAAUCGUUUUAGCAGAUCCCACGUUCGGAGAGCCUGGUCCGAUAGACUUGAUCAUCGGGGCGGAGUUUUACUUCGAUCUACUGCAGACUGGAAGAAGAAAGCUGAGCGACAGCGGACCAACGUUACAAGAAACAGUCUUUGGCUGGGUCGUGUCUGGAAAGAUUCCGGAAAUGGCAAGCUCGCUUCCCACAACAGCGAGCUACGUGUGUUCGACAGCAGACCUCCAGGAAAUGAUCGCUAAGUUCUGGGACUUGGAGACCUGUCAUGUCAACCGGACCCAUUCAGUGGAAGAAACAGCCUGUGAAGAAAUGUUCAAGCAAACAACGACUCGGGACGAAGAAGGCCGGUUUGUGGUAAGCCUGCCAAAGAAGGAGCACAUGCUGGAGCGGUUAGGAGAGUCCCGUGCAAUAGCCAUGAAGCGGUUCAUCGGCUUGGAGAAGCGGUUCGCCCUGAACGGCGAACUUAAGGAGUCCUACAAAGAGUUUAUCCAUGAAUAUCUCCUGAUGGGCCACAUGAAAGAAGUCGACGGAGAGCAAGCCAUUGGAGAUCCGGUGUACUACAUGCCGCAUCACGCGGUGUUGCGACCGGACAGCACAACAACAAAGUUGAGAGUCGUUUUUGACGCGUCGUGUCGGACUUCUAGCGGCAUCUCGCUCAACGACGCUUUGAUGGUGGGACUGGUCGUUCAGAACGAUCUGAUAUCCACAAUUCUCCGAUUUCGUCAACACCGGAUCGCCGUCAUCGCCGAUGUAGCCAAAAUGUAUCGGAUGGUCCGGGUUCCAGAGGAAGAUCAACAUCUACAGCGCAUCCUUUGGAGAGACACGCCGGAGGAAUCGGUGAAGACGUUUGAACUGCUGACGGUCACGUACGGCACUGCGAGUGCUCCGUAUCUGGCCACAAGGUGCCUGAAGAAGCUGGGAGAAGACAGUGGAUAUACGCAUCCGAUUGCAGCUCGGGUUGUCCAAGAGGACUUUUACGUCGACGAUAUGUUGUCAGGAGCGGACACCGUCCCCAAAGCACGGCAGCUGAUGAACGAAGUCAUCGAGCUGACUGACACGGCUGGUUUCACCCUGCGAAAGUGGAACUCAAACUCACCGGAGCUGCUUUCGACCUUGCCCAAGCAUCUACGAGACGAGCGGUCAGUCCUGGAUCUAGACUCCUCAAGCGCAACGGUUAAGACUCUGGGGCUGCGAUGGGACACCCAGUCCGACGAUUUCUGCUUCGCUUUCCCCGAGUGGAGAUCCAAUUCCUCCUCCAUCACGAAGCGCAGUGUUCACUCCGACGCUGCUUGUUUCUUUGAUCCACUGGGCCUGGUUGGGCCAGUUGUAGUCCAAGCGAAAAUCUUCAUCCAGCGGCUGUGGCUGCUAAAAUGCGACUGGGAUGAUCCUCUCGAAGAGUCUCUGCAGGAAAUGUGGAUGGAAUACAAGCAGAACAUGGUCGCAUUGGAGUCCCUAUCGAUUCCUCGCUGGCUCGGCGUCAGCAACGACUGCACAGAAGUGCAGCUACACGGGUUCUGCGAUGCAUCGGAAGCUGCGUACGGCGCGUGCCUUUACUUACGUUGUACUGCGUCGGAUGGCACUGUCACUGUCCGGUUGAUCACCUCCAAAUCACGAGUGGCACCUUUGGAAAGCCUCCAGAGGAAAAAGAAGAAGAUGAGUAUCCCCCGCCUCGAGCUGUCCUCGGCACUUUUGCUGAGUCACCUGUACGAGAAGUACAGCCAGAUCCACCCGAACCUUCCAGCGUACUUCUGGACAGACUCGAUGAUUGUCAAGUGCUGGCUGGCUUCGCUACCCUCACGGUGGCAAAUAUUCGUAGCAAACCGCGUGUCGGAGAUCCAGCAUCUCACCAAGGAUGGACACACCUUCAGUAUCAAACACUUUGGUUCGAAGGCCCGCAGUGGUUGGCUCAAGACCAACAGUUUUGGCCAGACGCAGGUUAUCCCCCCAAUGCAGAAUUUGAUUCGGCCAUGCUGGAAGAACGACCAACACCUGCAUUUCCAGCUGCUUCGAUUUCGGCACAACUCGCAAAAAUGCAAUCGGCCGUCCAGGAAAACUGGUCCCCUGACGCUCGAGGAACAGGAACAGGCAACUAUCGCUCUAGUUCGCUUGUCCCAGCAGGAAUGCUACCCACAAGAGCUAAAAGAGCUGGCCAAAAGAGGAUCGGUUCACGACUCGUCCAAUAUCGCUGCGCUGCAUCCACAACUUUGUGACGGCGUGAUGCGCGUCGGCGGCCGGCUCUCUAAGGCAUCGAUAUCGUCCGAUCGCAAGCAUCCCUAUAUUCUACACCACAAGCACCCUCUCGCAACGAUGAUUGUACGGCACUUCCACUACAAGCUCUUUCACGCCGGUCAGCAGCUGCUGAUUUCGGCGGUCCGCGGAAGGUUCUGGCCAGUUCACAUCCACAGUUUGGCCAGGAAGGUGAUUCACGGAUGCAUCCCGUGCUUUCGCAGCAAGCCCAAAGUUUUGGACCAGUUGAUGGCUGAUCUCCCGUCAGCGAGAGUCAACCCUGCACCACCGUUCAUGAACGUCGGCGUGGACUACUGCGGUCCAUUCCAAGUCAACUACCCCAAUCGUCGAGCGAGUCCAGUGAAGUGCUACGUAGCGAUUUUUGUCUGCCUAGUAGUGAAGGCCGUCCAUCUGGAGCUGGUGAUGGACCUAACCACCCAAGCGUUCCUAGCAGCGCUAAGCAAGCGCGGCGGUUUGGAAGGGGUCUUCCAGCCUGCACCUCCAGGCAAGUAUGCGUGUUUUGUCAGUCGACCUACCCCUGAAGACCAUUCCGAUUCUAGCUCAACACGAUCUACCGGCUGCGAUCCCGUGCCAUCUGUCGACUCGUCCGGCACCACUGAAGCUCAUCGUCGUGAUCAAGUUUCAGUUUAUGAUCGGAAUAGUGGUGAUAACGGGCAUGCCACAAACUUGCAUGUUUUCUACCAAAAUGUGGGUGGAAUGAACGGUACUGUUAACGAAUAUUUGUUGGCCAGUGCUGAUCAUAGUUACGAUAUUAUCGCUCUUACUGAAACGUGGCUGAACGACAGAACCGCAUCAUCGCAGGUUUUCGAUAACGAGUACACCGUUUUCCGCUGCGACCGCUGUUCAUCCAACAGUAACAAAACCUCUGGCGGUGGAGUUCUUCUUGCAAUUCGCCAUAAAUUGGAGCCGCGCAUGGUCCCGAAUAACUCGUGGUUAAGUGUCGAACAACAAAUCAACCACGUCGAGAACGCCAACGGAAGGAUGUUAGACCUUUGUUUCGUUAGCAACGCCGAUCGUGCUCCUGUGAUCUCUGAGGCUGCUGCUCCGCUCGUCAAACUCGCUCGUCACCACCCUGCUCUCCACCUAGUUCUCGAAGACCGGGCGAGGUACAGUUUCCGUCAAGUUGCCGCUGCAGUGUACUACGAUUUCAAACCUCGUCGUGGCAAGCCCCAUUUGAUAAUGUGCGAUAACGCAACGACCUUCGUCGGAGCGAAACGGGAACUAACCGAGCUGCAUCGACUGUUCCACGACCAGAAGUUCCAAGAGAUACUCAUCAAGGACCAGUUCCGAUGGCAUCGAGUUCCGAUUCAUCCCUCCCCGUACGCCAAACUUCGGCGGACUCUGGGAGGCGCAGGUCAAGUCCUUUAA